UUUCUUUUAACACACACAAGGGGUUUUCAUUCUUCUGCAAUCCGAAUAGAAGAAAGAGAAAGGAGGGCCCACCACUUUCACUUUCCCUUUCUCGUAUUCCUCGAGAAAAGUAGAGAGUUUCUGUCUUCUGUAUUAGCAACCUUAUUUUUUUUUGAAGUGGAGAGGUCGGAAGUUUGAACUGAUGAGUGGCUAUUACGAAUGGCUUGUCCAAGUGUGGAAAUCCCGUUUUUUGCUGACACCAAUCUGGGCACUCGCAUUGUUGUGGCUGUUUCUCCCCACACUACUGCUAAUGGCUUCAAGAGAGAACUUGAAAGGGCUCACUUGAAUUGUUUCCCACAACUGGGGCAGAUCAAGGCGGAUGCUGUGAUGACUGUAGCUUUUCGGCAGGUCAAGAGGAACUCAUGCUUUUACCGCCUUCCUGAAACUUUGCCUCUAAAGCAUGUUUUCCAGCAUCUAAAGGGAAUUAGGUCACUACAUGUCGAAGUUUGCCAAUAUGGCAUUUUAUAUCAGUUGGGUUCAUCUGAAUAUGUCGAUGACCAAAUUUUGGAUCAGCAUGAUGAUGUUAUUAGCACUAUUUCUGGUCACACAAAAAUUAGAACUUCUAUGACAGGCACAAAAUUUGAAAAGUUAAAAUGCAGAAGAAAAAUGAAGAAGAUGAAAAGAUUUGCCUGCCUUAAAAGUGCAUUAUUAGAUGUUUUAAGAAUAGCUCAUUUGACAAAGAUGAAGAAGAAGAAACGGAACAAAGCUAGGAAAAGGUACAAAUUUAACUGCCUAGAAGGACCUGAUGAGCAUGUAGUUGUUUCCAAGGCAAGCUUUGCUCUUCCCACAUAUUGUUGUGAAGGUAGGGGAGAUACGGAACAGAGUUUUUGUCCAGCAACAGAGUCCCAUUGUGAAGACUUAUCAGAAACAGUUUCAGUUUCGGGCAUUAUCCGAAAAUAUUUCUCAAGUCAUGAUGAGGUGAAUUCAAGCUUAAGAUAUUCUCAUGAAGGAGCUUGUACUCUACAAGGGGAACAGACUAGGACUGGAACAUAUCUUCGCGAUCUUAAUGUAGAACUUGCUUUGCUGUCUUCUUUUCCAGCUAAAACACCUCCGCAAAUUUCAGAUUCUCCACUUCCAAAUGCAAGCGUUAGCAGAGCCUCAAUAAAUAAGUCUAAAAGGAUAGAAAUUGGAAGUCGUAUUAUUUCUGCCUCAAAAAGUCACUCUAGUGUUCGCUGUAGGAGACUGCUGCCCAAAUCUGCUUCUCUUAUUCGGAGUCUAGUAUUUGAGAUGUCUGAUGAAGAUUAGUGAAGAAUACAAUUAUGAUAUACCACCUUGAAAAGUUCCGUGCCAUAUCUGGUCGACAUUCCUGAUAGAAAGAUUUGAGCUAAGGCGGUAGUAGCGAGAUGUAACAUAACAAUGCAGAGAUGAGCUUCAUUUCUGUACUGAACUUCUAUUUCCCUUUUUAAUCUUCAGAUUUUAGGCUUUGUCGGCGAAGGCAAUUAUAAAUGUAGCUUGGCUGCUGGUCCCGUUUCUGGUUUAGUUAUAUUGGUGAAGAUCUUCAAUCGUAUAUUUGAGGCUGCUGUAAAGAUUUGUGGUCUACUUAUAACUGUAGCAGCUCUAAUCUGACAAAUCGUAAUCCUUUUUAGCCUCUUAUUGUAUGGAUGUAAAAGAUUAAGUAGUGUUUCAACAAGGUUGAUGGCAUUCCCUAAGCAUUUCAGUCCAUGCGAUUUUGUCCCAUGUGGUUCUUGUGCAGCAACGGAAGCAAAGGAUUGAUCUAUCCUUCCCCCGUAAUUUUGCAUUGGGUUGCUGGUUAUUUUCCAUGAAGGAACUAUCAAAGGAUGCACUUGUUUUGUACUGAUCAUUGAUCUAAUAUAUCAACAUAGAGGCAUAGACCAAUCAUGUAGCUUAUUCUGUUCAUCAUGAGAAGAUCUUCUGAAUGGACUGACAGGGUCCAUCUUUAAUCUUGGAAAGAUUCUUUUCUUCUUUCUUCUUUCUGUAACUGCAGUCAAAAUGUCGUUGUUAUGAUGCUUUGCUGACUUGUUUUGCAUUUGCAUGUAAUCAAACAAUGGAAUUUCAAACAGUUUGAAGAGACUUAGUUCCUUCCUGUUUGGACAUAAAUCUAGGUAAACUAUAAGAAUU